GUAUUCGGAUACAUCUGAAUACUUGGAUUUUAAUUGAAUGAAUAAAUUGACGCAACUGUGAAAGCUUUAGAUAUGAUACACAUGUGAUGCUUUAAAUACUCAAUAUAGGCACUGGUAGAUACUAUAGACACAUGUGUGUAUGUAUAAACUGUGCAUGUACAACUGUGCAACCACAUACACAUAGAUGCGUAUAAUGUAGCUCUAAGAACCAUGGGAAGUUCACAUCACACGAUGCCAAGUUCUCGUCCACUCGACACAUUGUGGUCGCAGAGCCAGUCGCAGGUCUCGGCGAACAUAGCCUCAAGGUCUGGCGAUGAAUAGAGUACGAGAACGACGGACGAGGAGGAGGACAUAGAAGUAUUUCUCAGGAUGAUUUGUACGGAGAGUUGUAUCGCGGCCUUGUAUGAGCCUAAGAAGUGAAUUUUUCUUGUGACAUUUGUCAAAAAUGCCUUGAGCUUCGUUACACGAUUGAACAAUCAGCGAUCGUAUGAUAAUGGAAAAUUAAGUGGGAACUAAAAGGAACCGCAGCCUAUGUCGUGGGAUAUAUUCUGUUUUCUAUGGUUUUAUUUCUACACGGUCGAUGCCGAUCACUCACGCGUUCGCGAUGGAAAGCAAAAGUUGCAACAAUUUUAUAAGCUAUGUGGGUCUCGAGGAACAUGAAAUGCAGCCAUUAGGUUCCAGUCGACGUAAUUCGCUCUCCGAAAAUAAUGUCAAAUUACUUCCCGGUGAGAUUCUGAUCACCAGUGCACAGAGCGUUCUUAUGUAUUCACCUGUCAGCGACCUGAAGCAAGGGACCUCUGGUAAUCUAUCGGUUACAAAUUUCAAGCUCAGUUUCAUCACAACGGAUGACACGAACGAAGACGACAUGGUGCGCCAACAGAAUCAUCUUUAUGGCUACAUGGAUACAUGUUUAACGAACAUAGAAGAUAUUUAUAUAACUGUAAACGAUAAAAAAAGAAGGCUGGUACCUGGCAAUACUGUGCCGUCUAAAGUAAAAGGGAUAUUUAUUAUUUGCAAAAAUCUACGAACAUGGUCGUUUUCUUUUAAAUUUUCACCAAUCGGCCACGGGAAAACUCUGUUGACGGCAUUGUUGCAUCAUGCUUUUCCUAGCAGACAUCACUUAUUAUUUGCUUAUGAUUACGAGGAAGCUUAUUAUAGUAGUCUUGAUAAAGCUGUACGCUUGUUUCAAGAUAUAUCGGAUUGGCAUAAUGAAUUAGAGAGAACCAUAAGCAACAAGAAGCUUAGAAAAUUUUGGAGGUUGUCAACAGUUAACGUAGAUUUCAAGCUUUGUCGUAGCUUGACACGAUACAUAAUUGUACCAGCAUCCAUCACCGACAGUCAACUAAUGGAUGCAGUUAAGCACUUUCAAGGCAACCGUCCACCGAUCUGGUCUUGGUCGAGUGCACAUGGUGCAGCGUUAGUAAAAAUGUCGGAGCUUUCACCACUGAUCACCAAUAGAAUGCAAGAAAAUAUUUUGUUUGAGAAUGUCCGCAAGAGCCACCCACAGAAAAAGGCACCAUUUGUUUUAGAAUUGAACAAAGAAAUUAGUAUAAAGUUGAUAGCCAUAUCCUUUUCCAAAUUUACUAAUCUUUGUUCCCCAGAAAACAUCAGACAGUUUUGGCAUCAAGACAACAAUUUCUAUUCAUUGCUGGAAAAUACGAAAUGGUUGAAGCAUGUAUCAUAUUGUUUGCAAAAAGCUGUCGAAGCCUGCGAGCAUCUGCAUUUAGAAUCCUCCGUUAUUUUACAAGAAGGUGCUGGCGCGGAUAUUUGUUGCGUUAUAUCGAGCUUAGUUCAAUUAUUACUGGAUCCCUAUUUCCGAACCGUAAAUGGAUUUCAAUCGCUUUUGCAGAAAGAAUGGGUUGCCGGUGGGCAUCCGUUUUGUGAUAGAUUAGGUCACAUCGCCAAGAGGAAAUCUGAAAAGUCUCCAGUGUUCCUUUUAUACCUUGACUGUGUCUGGCAAUUGUGUCAACAAUUCCCUGCGGAAUUCGAGUUCACGGAAACGUACCUGACAACGUUGUGGGACGCUGCUCAUGUUUCAAUUUUUGAUACAUUUAUUUUUAAUUGCGAGAAAGAUCGGGUGGUGGCAGCUACGGAGCCAAGUAAACCUUUGGUUCUACGAAGUGUCUGGGAUUGGAGGGAACAGUUCAGUGAACAGGACAUAUUAUUAUUUUAUAACCCUCUGUACAACCCUCGCGAAGCAAACGCAACAGAAAAACGCAUAAUAAAGCCCCAGUAUAAUGUGGUGAACAUCGAAUUGUGGGUUCAGUGUUACUUUCGGUGGAUACCGCCGUUAGAGAUCCAUAACGGCGGACAAAAUCAUAUAGAGCUUUACGCAAGAUUGCUGCGGAACAACGUAAACCAGCUGAAGAUAAGCAUAAACGGGAACUGCGAUUCACCCGUUGCAAAGACGAACAGCUAUACCGUUCAAAUGAACAUCAACAGCUUCUAUCCUUUUUCAAAUCAGAGAACUGGGAACACGGUCAGCACUCCCAUAAUAAACAGCUCGAUGUUAGCCGCAGAGAGCUUGCUAGACGCGCAGUCUUUAAUAACUGCAUGCGACUGAUAUGUACAUACCGUGGUAAUAUGUUUUUGGAACUCACAAGCUACAGUAGAGAAAGAUGGUUCAGGCGUUAGGACGUAUUUCCUGAAUCCUUCCAGUGCCAAUUUUAUACUAGUGUUUGCUCUCGCUUAUGUAUAUUUAUACUGUAAAUACGAGUUGUUUUUCGACGGAUAACGUUCUAGCGGUCGUAAUCGGUUUUAUACGUUACCAGUUGUAUGUGCUGUGUAUGUCGUAUGUAUAUUGUAAGUUAUUUUUUGUCCAUGCUUGAUUUUGAUUUUUCUCCAUUUGGCGCUGGAAAGAUCAGAAACAUCUUUGAACAAAAAUAAAUACGAAGUAUCAUUUUUGUAUGUUAUGUUGUAAAAUAAAAGGAUUAAGCGAAACCGAUAUUUAACAACAUGCUGAUGUUAUAUAAAUUAAAUAACAAUAAAAUUAUUUUUUGUAGAAAA